AUGGGCCUCCUCCAGCUUGCCGCAGUGGCGCUCGCCCUUGGGAGCGUUGGCCACAGCAGCCCCGUCCCCCAGGGUGGAACCGCGCCUGCGGCUAAGUACUGCGAUGCCUCGACCUCCAUAUGCUACUCGGAGUAUGUGAGUCAGGAGAAGAUCGCAAUCCGCGUCGCCAUUCCCGACACGGCGACCGCGGGGAACUUCGACGUGCUGCUGCAGAUCGAGGCGCCGAAGACGGUGGGCUGGGCUGGCGUUGCCUGGGGAGGCGUCAUGGUCAACAACCCGCUGACAGUGGGCUGGGCCAAUGGAACCUCUGCGGUUGUCUCAAGCCGAAGCGCCGGCACGAAGGCCAAUGACACCCACUGGACCCUCAGCGUGCUUGCCCAGGGCGUCAGCGCGUGGGGCACCACCAAGCUUGACCCGUCUAGCACCGUGUCGCUGGCGUACGCCCAGGCCGCUACUCCGCCCACCGAGCCUGCCAAUAAUGCGAGCCGCUUCAGCAUCCACAAUUCCCACCAGAAGUUCUCGAUCGACCUGAAGAGCGCUCAGAUUGCCAACUUCACCGAGUUGGUCCAGAAGGCCUCUGCUGCCAAGGCAGCUUAA